AUGAAGACUAAAAGUUGGACCAAGCUGUUCAAACUGUCCAGGUCCACAAACACUGCCUUGACAUCUACCUCAAUUACUACCUCAGGCUCCUCAACGGAUUUACCAUACAUACCACCGCCACCUGCAUUGCAUACUAACAUCCCAUCAUCCUCAAUCUUGGCCACACCUCCGAACAAGAAGCAAAUCGCACGGUCGAUCUUUGGGCUUGGUGGUGGAAAUAGCUCCGUUCACAGUCUCCUAACAUCAGUUCUCAGCUUGAGCAACGAACAAGGCACUCCCAAGGCUUCGACUCAGCCUUACGUUGCCACAUCGACUGCAAGCAGCACCACUUUGCAUUCAAGCUUCAAUGCGAAAAAUGAUUCAUCUACCGUCUCCGGCAGUGAGGAACUCGAAACCACAACACUUUACUACUAUCCACCACCUCCCCCAUCGCCAGUGGCCCCAGAAACCCAGAGUAAAAAGAAGGAUCGGCCACCAAAACACCAGGAAAAACAGAAUUAUCUACACCAUGAAUUAACUGAACUGGACAAUCAUCGCGAUCCCAAAGAAUCAGACAGCUUCUUGACAGGCACCUCAAUGGGCGAUCAUCAGAGCAACAAAAGCUCAGGCAACACCAGUUACAAUUCAGAGAUGGGUACCACACGAGCCAGAUCUGGUAGUAUGCCCUCAAGCCCACCUCCAGCUUAUUGGACAUCCUCCAAGCCGCGACCACACGAGCUUACAUCCUUACCACAGCAAUAUGUUCAGUAUUUGCAAUUGCAGCAACAGCAGCAGCAUAAUCAACAGAAAUCAUCUGUAAGCCAAACCCCUACUCCUACUUCAGCCAAUAUCCCAAUACAAAUUGCGAAGGGCUCAGGAAGCGAGUCUGGCUGGGGACUAUCAUAUUCAAGCGAUGUAAUCAAAAGAUUGAGGGGGUCAAUUGUAAGCAUGACAAAGACCGGAUCUUGUCCGUCUGCAUUUUUAGGACCUUCUCCGCCGACGAAUAGCCAUAUACGUGACCUCAAGAGCAUCUCAAAGAAGAGUUGCACUGAUGAACCAUUCAUGCCGUCUUCGAGCGUCCUACUCUGCCCCAAUAAUACUCCCACUGUAUCUGAUGAACUAAAGUCUAUAUUAAUGGCUCAGAGUGCCACCCAGCCACGGGCAGCAGAUGAAAUGACUCAUGAGGAGCUAGUAAAAGCCGUGGACACGCUUCAUGACACUGUCGAUGACCUAUCUCGCAAGCUUGCAAUGGUGAUGAGUGUCACUGGUAAUGUUCAUGCCCAACACCAGCAGCGGCAGCAGUUGUCAAGUGUUUGUUUGCCAGUAUCAACAACGCUCACCACUUCAGCGCCUUUCUUGGCUCACAUUGAUGACCUACAGCACCAGCUCUAUCCUCAAUUUCAAUCGUCCCAAUUAUCAGUUUCACCAAUAUCUACUCUUGAGCCCUUGCCGAUUAAAGAUGUAGAGAAAGACAUACUGCCGGGCCCUGUAGCCUCACCAACAACCAAGCAGAGCUGGUCGCAGACCAAUAGUCAACGUACUUAUCGUCGGCAAGCAUCACCUCCUCCCCCACCAAGGUUGCAGGCCUUCUAUAAGCUACCAACUCUACAGCUCUCAUCACCUUCACUGCCCAUUUCACCAUCUACUCUUCAGCCUCCACCAUCAUAUUCAAUUCCCCCUCCUCCUGUUGCUUCUAUUUCUUUAGCAACAUCUGUAACACCCCCACAACUGACAACACAAUUUCUCUCGCCAUCACUGCGUCGUAAUCUAUCCACUCCAAAACUCAUAUCGACCAGCGUCCAGCCCAGUGAGGUACCUGAUCCACACCCGCACGACCAUGACGCAGGCACUGUCGAUCCUAUCAUUAUUAGCACAGCUUGCAUUGAUAAUCCAUUAAAUACCACCCUUACAAAUAAACCAGCCACUCGCAACCACACCAUCGGAAGCCUAAGCACCAAAGUAGAAGUAACUGCUUUACAUGAAAAGAAAACGCUCUCAACCUUCUCUGACUCCAUCCACCAAACAAUUCAAAACUAUAGCACCGAUAUACCGGGACAAGGAUAUAAGGCACGAAAGCGACAGUGCACCAAUAAAGCAUUUGAACGGGAUAAUACACAGCAGUCGAGCCCCAUCAUCUUAUGUGCUCCACUAAUCCAUAAAACACAACCUCCGAUCAUCGCUUCUGGCAAAGUAAAAGUCAAAACUUCAUCACAGUCACCUUCUUUUCAUUCACGCGUACGCCCAGACAAAAAAUCGCGAUAUGGGCGUGUGUUUCCAAGUACAAUAACAAUUGCAGGUGCAAGCGCAAUAGAGUGUAGAAAUACGACGAUAAGAGUAAGGAACCAUCCUAUCCGACCAGCUCGUUCUAGUGAGGAUUUGUCUUCAACGCUUGCACGGAUGGAUGACACAUUAGCGAUCCUCCAACAUGAAUGGCCAGAAUUGUUCGCGAAUAUACAUGAAGAGCAAGAAUUGGAUCAUCCAUCCAAGGCUCAAAAGGAUCGGUCAAAUACUCUCUGUUUGAACGAUCAAGUCUUGGCGAUGGAAGGGCAGUUACGCGUGGAAUUAAUGCAAAACAAUAGCAACAGCAUCGCAAGGUAG